AUGAACAAUCCCUCGUACAUUUAUGAUUCGCCUUCGUCAGCCCCUGCGCGUGAAUACGCAAAUGACGAAUAUAUGGGUCAUGAUGAUUAUGACUUGACACCAGAAUUUCACGGCCAUUAUUCCGGUGAUGAAUUCCAUAUAUCAGCCAUUCUUAUAGAACCUUCAAGCACUUCAGAGAACCAUGUAUCUCAUAUUUCCAGUGAUAUGGAUGUCUCCAGCCUGCUACACGUCGCCAAUCCUUCCGACGAUCAUGAUGAACACAUUGAUCUUGACCGGGUGCAGAAAGCCAGUGAUCCCCCUCUAUCGCCUCCCUUAAAAUCCAGAUUACGUGAUGAUAAGCAAGCUCAGCUCACAAAUUCACUUGCUGGAUCGUAUCAGCACCAAGGGUUGUCCAAGCCUGGUCGACCAAUCGUUUUUGCUGCCAAGAGGCCCACAAUAAAGGGAAAGGCUACUCCCACGUCCCAAAAAUCAACAUUCAACCAUUAUACAAUUGAAGACCUCCUUGCCAAGUCUCAGACAGGGAAGCAUCCUGUUGUGUCAUCGAUUGAGUCAUUUCUUAUGGACCCUAAAAGAUUUGAUUUCCUACAAUCUACUAUGGAAUCGGAUCAUGAGUCCUGGCUAGCCAUUGCUCUACACGUCGCAUCUCUGCUUCACAGCGAAUCCAUGCCCCAUACCAUGAGAAAAAUGGUGAUGUCAUUUAUGUCGAUUGAAUUAUGGAUCGAGGACAUUGCCACUCAGUGCAAUCAGGUUCUUCCGAAUCAUUCCGGCAACUUAGUCCUACCCCCAGUGGCUCAUUAUGUGAUUGUUGAACUGUCAAGCCGUGCAUUAUUGAACGAAGAUUCAAAUAACAACAAAAGCAAGUCCAUUAUAUCUGUGAUCCACUAUCUCCUAUGUGUGACUCAUCCAGAUGACAAGGACCCAUAUGCCCCUGCCCUUCGAAUCCUAUCAUCAGUUAUGACAGAACAUUCGAGCGCUCCUCCAGGUUAUGGAAAUAAAUGUAAAAAGUGA